AUGCUGCUCGCACUGCUCGCGGUGCUACUUGUAAAUGUGGCGGCCGAUUGUCCGUGUCCAUCUACGGGUUAUUGGUCAACAUGGUCCAAUAGCGGCACAUGCGUUCCAUUAAAUGGUUGGGCUGAGACCGUGCAAGCUAACCAAGCGACCAUCACAUCAAAAUCGACGAAUUACUCGUGUGGAUAUUGCGGUCGUCAAGCCCAAGUCAGGACUUGUCUCUCCGCAAAACGAGGAUGCAAAUGCCGUGGAGCUAACGUCCGGAUAAUAAUGUGCGGUUCGGCGAGCCCGUGCGCCACCACUCAGCCCUACUGGAAAGCCUGUUGUCCUGGAGCGUCAUGGAGAUACCGGAUGUCCUUGCAAGGCGCAAGGCGCCUGGAGCAGCUGGAGCGACGUGGCGGCUUGCCCGGAGCCUACAAAAUGGUGGCGUGGAACCCCGACGGCAGCUUUUCAAAUGGCACUUACCUGCGAUGGGUCCCCUGCAACAUUCAAACCUGUUACUUCCCCACCUUGUCGUGCUGCCCGAAUAUGGCCGCCACGGUCCUACAAGUCACGAAUGCGACUAUUAACUCAACAUUCAAUGCGUGCUGGGACUCGAGACCGCGAAGCUUGAUGAUAGAUGUUGAUGUCAGCUCAAUCAGUGUUGACAAUGGCUCCGAGAAUAAGAUUUGCUGGCCACCAACGGACGACGACUACGACGACGACAACUACAACAACAACGACUACUACUACAACGACUACAACAGCUACGACCACUGCAACGACGACGACGACGACAACUACAACAACAACGACGACUACUACAACGACUACAACAACUACGACCACUACAACGACGACGACGACGACAACUACAACAACAACGACGACUACUACAACGACUACAACAACUACGACCACUACAACGACGACGACGACGACAACUACAACAACAACGACUACUACUACAACGUCGACGACGACAACAACGACAACGACAACUACUACAACGAGUACAACAACUACGACAACUACAACGACGACGACUACAACAACUACGACCACUACCACGACGACGACGACGACUACAACAACACAGACCACAACAACAACACGACCACGACCACCACUACGACUACAACCACCACGGCAAGCACCACAACUCCUCCGACGACAACGCGCCGUGCCUUCACGCCCGUCACUUUCGUGCCACCUCCCGGAACGCCAUGCCAAUGUGUCUUCCCAAGUGAAAUCGAUCCCACAACACAUGAGAUAAAGACGCGAAAGAAGCGUGAUGACGGGACGGCAUUUGACCAGAACUGCUACAACCCGUAUAACAUGACGCUGAAGUGCACGGCUGACUCUAAUUUGCUGACCGAGAUGAUACUUUAUGAUAAGGACUUUAACGUCAUCCGGAAAACGCCGUACUGCACUGACGAUGAUGUUAAUGCCGUCCUGACUUGCCGGCGAGCCAACGGGCAGGAAAAUUGGUUUAUCGUGGAACCGGAGCAUCUAAUUGUGCGCUACUUCUCAUGCGACAUCAAGGGUGUUGCAAAUUGUUCGUCGAGCUCAACAAGUCCAGCGGGAAAUGGAACUACGACAACGACGCACGUUACUGAUACGAUGGCCACGUCACCUACCACUACUCCGACUACACCAAGCACUACUACUUCAACGCGAACUACCGCUACAACGAGCACUUCCACAAGCAACCCGACGAAUGACACUACCGCGUCCGCUACUACCCCUGCCGGCCCUCCUACGACUACGCGCCGUGCCUUCCCGCCCAUCACCUUUGUACCACCGCCUGGAACUCCCUGCCGAUGUGUGUUGCCCAGCGAGCUCAAUCCCGAUACAUUGGAGCUCAAGGCCCGGAGGAAGCGCGAAGGGACGGCGUUUGAUCAGAACUGCUACAACCCAUAUAACAUGACGCUGAAGUGCACGGCUGACAUUGAUCUAAUGACCCAAAUGAUACUUUAUGAUAAGGAUUUCAACAUCAUCCGUAAUACGACAUAUUGCACUAACGAUGACGUCAAUGCCCCGCUGACUUGCCGGAGAGCCAUCGGCCCGGAAAAUUGGUUUAUCGUGGAACCGGAGCACCAAAUUGUUCGCUACUUCUCGUGCAAGAUUCUGGGUGUUGGUAGUUGCUCAGCGGCCGGCUCAACGGUCACAACUCUUGUGACGACUACCACGGCCUCUACAACAGCCAAAGCGACGUUUUCCGCAAGUGCAAAUAUGUGCAGCUGUGUAUGGCCAAGCCAGAUCGACUCCAAAACGCUGCAGGCUAAUGGCGGAGCCAAGCGGAAACGGGACGUCGACUCGGCGCUUGUACAGAACUGCGAUAACCCAGUCUCUCCGACGCUGAAGUGCACCACGAACUUUAAUGCGCUCGCCACGCAUCGUUUCUAUGACAAGGAUGGAGCAGCCGUGCGGCUAUAUUGCCAACGGAAGGAUGGGCCUGAGAACUGGUUCAUAUUGCAAGCGAAACAACAAGUGGUGCGCUACUUCUCUUGCGACUUCGCCGCUGAUUCGAGUUGUCAU